GUCGGCCAUCUUCGCGGGGUGUCCUUCGCGGGGCGGCGCCGCUUCCGUCGGGGAUGGCGUCCGGAUCGAGCGACGGCGGGAACGUGUGCCCUUGGCCGGCGUCGAUUCUGCUCGCGGAGGAGGCGUACGUCGGCGGCAGUAGGAACGACACGACGGCCAGAGCCAGAUCCACGUUCAAUCGUACCGUGGAGAUCACCUUCUGGAUCGCUGAUCCACCGGCGGUGUCCUUCUACACCUUCCGCUGCAUGAAGGCCCCCAACUCCGAUUCCAAGGACGUGGACCUGAGAGUUCGUUCAGCCGUUGCGGGCGCACAUGGCAGAUUCGUUCUUGUUCGCACCCUCUUGGCCAGUAUCGCCCCCAUGUAUGAGUACUUCAUCUACAAGGGCCACCCCAAGUCCCCGUCCCUCGAAAGCAUCCCACCUAUUCCGUUUCUUGAUAUGAUGAACGGAGCGGAGUUCGGAAUCGUGCCCCGCGGUGACGAUGGCCAUUAUCUCCUGAUUGCACUCCGUGACACGGCGAAUGAUUACCGGCUUCACAUCUACUCGUCUGAGGAUGCAACAUGGGGGACUAAGGAACUGCCCAAUCCAUGUCCUGAGGUCGGUACAAUUAUGCCGGACAAGGUGUUCACACUGGGAGAUGGCUUCGUGUUAUGGGUCGAUUUGCUGCAAGGUAUGCUGCUAUGUGACGUGCUUCGAGAACCCCUUCUUGCGCAAUACAUCCCGUUGCCUGAGCCCUUGCCUGGAAACAGAGAAAAAGUGAAGAAAUGCCUCCCAGGAGUUAAGUUUUUUCGGGAUCUCACCUGUGUUGAUGGUCUGAUCAAGUUUGUUGAGAUAGAACGGCGUGAGAUUGUAAGAGAGAUUACAGAUGUUCCUCCUGAAAAGCCUUUUGACCCGAGGACCGAGGAUGUGUUGUAUGAUUUAGAAUUGAUCAGGCUGAGCAAGCGCAAACCAGUGGAAAACAAGCCUAAGUUGGAGCGCUCAGUGGAUGGUUGGAGUGCCAUUGUAUGGACUAGGGAGAUUGGGUCCAACUUUUGGCGCAAAGGAAGCGUUGUUGACGUGAAUGACAUUUUGGUCGAUGACUCGGUGUUUUCAGCGUUGCUGUCCAGCAACAAGAGUGAAUCUUCUGGGACUGGGAGCCUGACAUUCAAGAACAUGAUCUCGGUUUUGCCCACCCUGAUGAGCACGGAUGGUAAUGAUAUCCUUUACCUCAAGUCGUACAUCCAGCAAUUGGGUUUUUCGGUGCUGGCUGCUGUGGACCUUGUGGAGAAGACACUGAAAGUGGAAGCACCUGGAGCGCAUCCUGUUGGAAAAUAUAACACUUCGCUGCAAACAUUGCGUCCCUGUGCAUUGGCGAACCAACUGAAAAUGACUCCAGGCAUUAAAGUCUCAGCAAGUCAGAUUGCACUGAUGGGCAGCUCUGCCAAUGAGCCAAACAGUACAGCUAUUCGUGUGGCUGAGCCCUUUUACCAAAUUCCAAGGCAAUUGGCUGAGAAAGUCAACCAUGCACAAAAUGGAGCUCAGAGUAAGAUUGCACCGAUGGGCAGCUCUGCCAAUAAGCCAAACAGUACAGCUAUCCGUGUGGGUGAGCCCAUUUCCUAUGAAUCUGAGAACAAACGUCCAAGGCUCUUGGCUGAAAAAGUCAACCAUGUACAAAAUGGAGCUCAGAGUACUGUACAGAAUGUUCUUAUCUCACAGGCCCAUCCUAAUCAAAACAAUAUGCCUCCGCGGCUAUGCUUUAACAGGUACCAGCAACCUGGAUACAGUGGGUACUCAUCAUGGCCCCAUCAGAACAAUCCGCCGCCGGCUCCGGCGCCGUCGUGCUUCAACAACUGGGCUGGACCCUACAACCCGAUCUAUGCACCGUCGGCCCCUGCACCUAACAUACAAAGCUAUGUCAAUUAUCAAUCACUGCCGCAGCAGCCACUACUGCCGGAGCAGCAGAUUACACCUAGCAUGGCAUUUGGACCUCACAUGGCACACCGCCCCAUCUAUACUUCAACGACUGGUAUGGAGCCUUAUGCAUAUGGUGCCCACUCAGGCAGUGGCAUCUACCAUCAGCGCUGAUAGCAUCUCCUCCCUAUUCAGUUUCUUGCCUAUGCAGCUUAGCAGCAAACGUGAAGUGGUGUUUUAACCUCGUGCAGACUAAGAUGUGCUGCCAUAUCCCUUUUAAGACAGUACAUAUGGCGCCAGCAAUAUUCUCCUUUUAAAAAUUUCUUUUAGGUACCAGCUAUUAUCUGCAGUAAAUCAGGACGUGGUGUGCAUCUGAAACAAGUUUCAUAUACCUAACUAUGAGAUCAUGGCAGUCUGAAUUUGAACCGAACACUACUGGAAACUUAAAUUUCUAUUUUCUGUCGGUAUUUAUAUUACACAUAAUUUUUCUA